AUGUCCUCCUCCUCCACUUCCACAACCUCUUCAUCCAGCUCUCCAACCCUCACAAAAGCCUCUGUCAAUUUCUGGAACGUCGACACCUUCCUCUCCCCCUCUGCCCCCUCCGCCUCAUACGUCCGCUCCCACUUUUCACGCUCCGACAAGUCCUUCUUCUCCAGUCUGCAAUCAUGUUUCUCCGGCGAGAGCUUUGACGUCGACGUGCCAAGUGACUUGGGCACGGCCCUGAGUGAGAAGACCGAGGCGGUUGUGAAGGAGAAGGCGAGUAUUGGGGAGGGGGAUACGGAGGCGUGGUAUAAGAAGAAGGCGGACGAGAGGAAGAAGGUGAUCAAGGAGUGGCUGAAGAGCGGGCGAAGUAGUCAAUCGUCCAAGAGUGGGUCGGGGGAGAGUAGAGCCCGUAGCGGAAGCGAGUCUUCAACGCCGUCUUCUAGCUUAUCUUCCAGACCAUCAACAUCUACUCCUUCGACCACCCCGCCCACAUCUUCCUCAUCUUCUCGUGAAGCUUCCCCUUCAUCCUCUCGUCGAUCGAAAAACACUACCGCAUCGAAGAAACCCUCCUCCAAAACGUCAACACCUUCGUCUUCUCGCUCGAGCUCAGCAUCCCGCCGCCGCAAAGCCUCCACCACCGCUGCCAACCUCAAACCCGCACACCCCACUUUCGACGCCCAAACCGCCAAAUCCCUCAUUGAGACUUUCAAAUCCAGUACCGAUACCAAGCUUGAAGAGCCAGAGUGGUGGGAUACGUGGCAUGCGCUCAGGGGUCCGUAUGGCUAUGGGAAGCAGGGUGUGACGGAAGAGAUGGAUGAGAAGCUGAGGGGGAUGAGGAAGGCUGGGUGGGAUGAGUUGACGAGGAGAUAG